UGGUGUUUGUUUAAUAAUUAAGAUAAAGUUUAUUUAACUUUAUUAAAUCAUUUAAAACUUAUCUCAUAGAAAAAAAUCCACAACAAUGGUUUCCUAUUCCUUUGAAGGUAACAAACGUCUUUGGACUGUAAGAGAUGAAGAAGAAAAUGAAAAAAUCUUUUGCCAGCAAUCAAAGCUUAAUUUUUCACUUCCAGCCCACUGGUGUAAAAAUUCCUCAUUAUAUUAAACCCACCUAUCUAGCCAAUGCUGAAUACGAUGUCGAGAAAUGGCCUUUGGCUCAAUUAAUGCAUUUAUUAAGAUUAUAUGCUGCUCAUCGUUGUCUAUGGGAUGUUAGUUGCAAAGAUAAUCGCAAUCGUAAAAUGCGUCAUGCUGCUUUAGUUGAUAUAACAGCAGCCUUAGAUUCGGGCUUUACUAAGGAACAGGUGGUGCAGAAAAUAAAUAUUCUAAGGGCUACUUAUCGUUAUGAAAAGAAACGUAUUAAGCAGCGUAUUAGAAGGGGUUUGGGUGCACGCACCAAAUUGAAAUGGUUUGCAUUGGCGGAUGCUUUUUUAAGAAAUGUUCCCAAAAAAGGGCAAAAAGAAGAGGAUCCCUCUAACUCAGACUCCGACUUAGAAGAUACAAUAGUUUUUACCAUAAAUCCUGAAUCAUUAGUAUCCCUCGAGCAGGAAAAUUCUAUAGAAAACUAUCAGGACUUUAAAGAUAAUGGAGAAAAUACAUUUGAAACAGAAAUCUAUACAGAUGAUUCACAAACUAAUAGUACAGUAUGGGAAUUAGCGAAAACUGCUGGGCCCAAAAAGGAGAGAAACAAAGACACAAAUGGAAACCAAUUACAAAUCGAAGAAUCUCAAACUAAAAUACAAGAAAUUAAUCAAGAUUUUAUUAAGAACAAAAAAUCAGCUUGGUCUUUAGAAGAUUCUCUUAAAUUUAUACAGUUGCUGGAAGAUUAUAAAAUUUUGAAUGCUGAUAAACAGCAAGAGGAUUUAGCUUUAAAAGCUGUAGCUGAGGAAAUGCAUUAUGAUUUUAAAAGUAUAGAAAAAAGAUGGUUUAUUUUGCAAAAAACAUAUGAAAAGGAAAUGCUAAUUAUUAAAGAGAAUCCCUUGUACGAACCUAAAUACAAAUGGUGGCCAGUAGCUUUGAAGCUUUUUGCCAAAAAAGAAAGUGCAGAUUUAACAGAAACUCAAAAUAACUUAGAAAAGGAUCUGACCACUGAAUCCAUAUUUUUAACUGAAACUAAAAGUUUAGCUAGCAGUGAUGAAGAGGACUACGAUAAUAGAUUCCUACAAAAUCCUAUACCUUCGGUAGCACCUUUAUCUAAUAUGAAUGAAGCUAUGGCUUCUUUAUUUCAUGCAAAUGAGGAAGAAGAUUAUUUAUCACAAGAAUCUAAUACUAAUUCUACUUUCCAUAAGGAAAAUGAUUCUUCUAGUUCAUCGAAAUUUGUUUGGCAAGGUUUAGAGGAUGAUUUACUAGAAGGCAAAUGGUCGCUUAAGCAUUCGGUCAAAUUUCUAAGACUUUAUGGAGUUCAUAGGUGUUUAUGGGAUUUAAAUGAUCCCGAUUAUCGCUCUCGAACUUUACGCAAUGCGGCUAUUGAGGAUAUAGCAGCCUCUAUGGGUCAUGGCUUGACUGCCUCCUAUGUGGCAAAGAAAAUUAAAAUUUUUCGCAUUACUUAUAUGCAGCAAAGAAAAAGACUUUUAGAGGCUAACGAAAAAGGUGAAAAGCCUGAGAUUUUAUUAAAAUGGUUUCCAUUGGCUGAUAGUUUCCUUAGGCCACAUAUUGGUUUGCGAUCCAUUAAAUCAGAUGCGAAAGAAAUGCCACAAUUUGAUUAUCAAUAUGUUUAUGCCAAUUUAAACUUAAUAGAUCCGGCUUUAUUAACGGAUUUUCGUGGUAAAGGUACACAAAAUGCCAUAGAAAUUGGAAAUAGUGAUAGUGAUAUAAUGGAAAUGGAAACAGUUGAGGAUUAAAGGUCAAAUAUUUCACAAGUUUCAAGUUAUUUCAAGAUUUCAUUUCAUCAUUCAUCAAAUCAUCGAAUAUCCAUUGCUUGAAGGUAAGUUUUUCAUUAAACAUUUUCUUUAUUAAAAAGUAUUUAAAAUUAGUUAAACACUAAUCAUAUUAAUAUGGGUCAGUUAUGACUCCUAGACUCUUAAACUUGCCUUUACCAUUUUACAAUUGUUAUUAUUGUUUAUGUGUGUGUUUUCCCCUAAUCUUUUUGUGUGUCAUGAAAACUUUUCUUAUCGUCAUCGUAAUCAAUUUAAAAACCUUGUUUAAAGGUCAGAACACCACCUACAUAUACACAUCAACAAAUCAAAACCUUUACAUCAUGAUAUUAGUGCUAUUUUUCAUAAGAAGAAUAGAAUUUACAACAGGUUUAAAAAAAACCAUAAAUAAAAACCUAAACCAAGUAAAAUUAAAAUGAAAUAAAAAGAAAAAAUUAUAAAGAAAAGGGAGCAAAAACAAAAAUGCAAUUGUUCUAAAGCAACAUGUUAGAAACCUUGUUAGUAAAAGACAUGUGGCUUAAAGAUAAUGCCAAAAGAAUACAAAAGAAUAGAAUAAAAAUCAAAGCAGCCCAUGUAUUUCAAGAAGUGUGAAAGAC